UGACAGACGACUACACAUGCAACAUGGCUUCUCAAGAGAAGAAGAAAUUAAUCGACCUUCGAGUAAUUGAUUUAAAAAGCGAAUUAGAAAAGAGAAAUCUUGACAAGACGGGUAUAAAGUCGGUAUUGCUUGAAAGACUUCAGAAGGCUAUUGAAGAGGAAGGUCAUGAUGUGAACACUUAUUUAUUUGAAACAUCUGAGAUUACUCCUAAAAAGUCAAUGCCCACUCCAUUAAAAACAAAAUCAGAAGAUGAUGAUAGUAACACUGAGAAAAAUGACGAAGAGGAAGCAAAUGAAGAUAUUUUAAUGGCAGCUGAGGGAGAUCUUGCAAAUGAAAUGGCUGGACUUGAUGGUGAUGUUAAUUCCUGUGGAAAUAACAAUCCUUUAAUUUCUGAAGAUAAACUUCUUUCUCUUGACGAGGAUGAACAACAAAGUGAUAACAACUUAGGAUCCACUGAAGUUCCCCAAGUUGAGGAGAAUGGUGGCAAAUCUUCAGAAGAAACCCAGUUAUUGGCUGAUGCUACUGAUGUUCCUGAACAGGAGGAUGCUCCUGAGGAUGUUGGAGAUGCAGCUGAGGAAUGUGACAUUGAAGGCAAUCCAGAUGAUGAAUCUGGUGAAAUGCCAGCAGAAUUCUUGGAAGGGGUAGGAGAAGAAAGUAUGCCAGAAAGCUCAAGUGUCGAUCAUGGAAAUGAGGAUUCAAAUACUGAUAUUCACAAUAUGGAAACUACUGAAGUAAAAGUGGAAUUAAAAGACAAUGUUGAAUCAAAUGCUGAUUCUUCUGUCAAUAUCACCAACACAUCAAAUGCUGUUGCUAGCUCAACAAAAACUGCAGUUGCAACAAAAUCUGAGAAAAAUGAAUCAUCUGCUGCAUCAGAAGGUGGGGAUGAAUCUUUUGUUGUACAGGUUGAUGACACCAUGUUAAAUGAAAUAGAUGCUGAUCUCUUGGACAGUCAACAUGGUGAGGGGAAAGGUACUGAAGCUGCCAGUACUCAGGAGGGAGAUGGGAAGAAAACAGGUGUAGCGCCAGGUAGUGAGCCAGAAAAUUCUGCUACAACUACCGAUAAUACAGCAAAUUCAACUGAAAAUGCUGACAUAAAGGACACCAACAAGACACCUGCAAGUAAAGAAGAAAAAGACUUGAAGACUGCAGCCAAGAGCACCUCAGUUAAAACAGUUAAGAAAGAUGAGAAAACUUCUCAAUGCAGUAGAAACCUUUGGGUUAGUGGUUUAUCAUCAAGCACAAGAGCUACAGAUCUUAAGACUCUUUUUAGCAAACAUGGAAAGGUUAUAGGUGCUAAAGUGGUAACCAAUGCCAGAUGUCCAGGCUCAAGGUGCUAUGGUUUUGUGACCAUGGGCUCUGCAGAUGAAGCUACAAAAUGCAUUAAUAAUCUUCAUCGAACAGAACUACAUGGAAGAAUGAUAUCUGUUGAAAGGGCCAAGACUGAACCACAAGGAACUAAAGCUAAAGUAUUACCACCUAGUGGAAUAAAAUCACCCACAAAAUCUCACCCUGUACGAAGAUCUGACUCAAAGUCUUUGGGUGCACGUAAAGAAGGAGACAAAAAAGACUUAACAAAAGAUCCAAGUAAAGAAGUUGAUAAAGAUAAAACAGAGGAUAAAGAGGAAAAUGCCCGUAGCACUUCACGCCAAAGAAGUAGGGAUAGAAGACAUUCCCCUCGUAGUACAAGUGCAAGGUCUGGAGAUCACCACAGGCAUUCUAGAGAGAGGUCAAGUCUUUCAGAUAGAGAAAGAAGGGAAAGAAAAGAAUUGGAUGUCUUAUCUUUUGAAAAAAUUAAGGCUGAAAGAGAACGUGAGCGAUUGCGACGCAAAGAAAUGUAUCUUCGCCAUGAAGCUCGUCGUAGGCAAUUAGAUCUAGAACAAGAACAAUAUAAGCAGCAGUUAAUUGAAAAGCGACAACGAGAAGAGGCGCUUAAAAUUGAAAGAGAGAGACGAAGGCUACGAGAAAUGCGAGAAGAAAUAGAGAGAGAGAGAAUGGAAGCAGAAAGAUUACGACUUGAAACUGAACGUCUUCAAAUUGAACGUGAACAAGAAACAUAUAGAAGAGAGCAACAAAGAGUAUUACAAGACCGCAGAGCAAUGAAGAGACCAGGCGACAGACCAAGUUUACGGGAUGAAGAAUGGCCUAGCAAACGUCCAAUGUCAGAUCGAUAUAGUUCCGGAGACAGGUUAUUGUCACUGGGUAACAGAUUUGAUCGCAAGCCAGAGCGAUUUGACAGAAGAGAUCCUAUUGAAAAAUCUGGGAGGUUUGAUGGUCGGCGAGAUGAUCGUGGAAGACAUGAAAGAUUUGAAGACAGAGAAAGGCCACCCCGUGACCGUGAGCCAAGGGAUAGAGAUUACAGCAGGCGAGCUGAUGAACAUAGACCUGCCUUCAGAGAGGAUAGGGGACCUAGAGAUGCCAGAUCAUCCAGAGAUGAUAGACCAUCUGGUAGAGAAUCAGGACGUGGGCCACCAAGACACGAGUCUCGAGACUGGAAAACAGAAAGAGAAUCAAGUCGGGGUUCUGGUGGUGGCUCAGGUGCCUGGAACGGUCCAGUGGAGCGCUCUAAAAUGGAUGGAGGGUGGACUCAAGGAUUGAGCUCUAGUGGAAUGGGCCAAAGUGAUGGAUGGGAAAGUGGGGUGGUAAUGUCACAGCCUGGAGGUAGUUUCAGCAUUCAGCAAGGUCCAAUGAUGGCAAGUGGUCUUGGUGGUGGACCGGUGUUUAUUGCUCAACCAGCAAUGUCAGGUCCACCUGUUAUGAUGCAAGGAAGUUUGACCAGACAGGGUGACAAUAGGUUUGGUAUAGCAGCUGCUACAGUCAGAAGAUUUUAGUUGUUGACACUUUUUUGUAUUAAUGGUUUUUCUGUUAAUAAUAUGCUUAACUGGUUAAUAUGUCUAUUUGAAUGUUGUUUAAUUUCAUCAUAGUUCUUUAACCAAACAUAAAAAUACAAACUUGGAAUCAUCAUUCCACUGUUUUACUUAGCUAAUGCAUUGAAUUUAUUACACUAAUAAGUACCUCACUCUAAAUUUUUAAUUGUGCACUGCAAAUCUUAAAGACUAGUGCAUGAGGAACUACUUAGUGUUCUUAACAUAAUUUGACGAAUGAAUGUAAAGAAAUGAGUAAUUGUUUUUAUUGUGUGUUCAAUAUUUUUAGUAUUCAUGUUUUACUCACAAAAGGUCAGUAUUGUAAUACUUGGUGCUUUUAUUAAUUAUUACUUUAAUCAAAUUUACCUUUGUGGUAAAACCUUACUACUAUUGGGAAAGGAAAUUUUGUUAAAAAUUAUUUUUUUUUUACUGACCUGUUUCUUUUGUUUUUUACUCAAUCAUUGGUUACAGUCUUAAGUCUUAUUUCAAAUAUUGAUUUAAAAUUAUGUUACCCUAUACUUAAUUUAAAAGGAUAAAGAUUUUUGCCCACAAAAUACUUGACCUUAUGAGAGUUCAGAUGAUUUUAAUGUAUGUACAAGAAAAUAAAUGUAUUUCUAUUGUUUAA